AUGGAAUCUAGGUAUUUCAAGCUCUCGCUUCAUAAUUUGUACCUCCCAACGCCCGGAUCUGUGACAUAUAACAUAAAAGUCCACGAUAUGGUGUGUUGGCGCUGCAUUCAUGAUCGCCACAGUUCUCUUCAAGUCGACUGAUGGAGCCCUUUCGAGUGCGCCUCAACUGCAUCGAUCACUACCAAGCGACUCCGACCGAGUUUGAUUCUUCCUUGCCGUACAGAGAUGGGGCGUCUUCGGCCAACAGACCCAAAGUCCCUGUUAUCAGGAUAUUUGGGUCUACUGAGACCGGGCAAAAGGUCUGCGUUCACGUGCAUGGUGCCUUCCCUUACCUGUACGUUGAAUAUGACGGGCCAUUAAAUGCAGAUGAAGUGAACUCGGCGAUCCAACAGCUUCAUGCGUCGAUCGAUCGUGCACUGGCGACUAGCUAUAACCGCAACGCGUAUGACAAGAACGCGGCCUUCGUUGCCCAUGUCAGCUUGGUGAAGGGAGUCCCUUUCUACGGGUACCAUGUGGGAUAUCGUUUCUACUUUAAAAUAUACCUACUGAAUCCGCUUUAUAUGACUCGACUUGCAGAUCUGCUGGUGCAAGGAGCUGUCUUGAACCGGCCGUUGCAGCCCUAUGAAAGCCACCUGCAAUAUGUUCCACAGUGGAUGUGUGACUACAGCUUGUAUGGGUGUGCGUACAUGAAUUGCGGCAAAGUCAAAUUUCGUGCCCCAGUUCCGGAUUACCUUGAGCUGUCCGACUUGUCGCAUCGUUGGCACAGCUAUUCUAUCGAGCAGGGGUCAAUAUCAGAUGAAGCAGCGUUACCAAAGCAGAGCCACUGCCCGCUAGAAGUUGAUGUGUGUAUACAGGAUAUCCUGAACCGGACGGAAAUCACGGAAAGACCCCUGCAUCAAGAUUUCAUCGAGUUUCUGAAACCGGCUGUGUCGGAUGAGCGACUCGUUCCAAGUAUGGCAGGUUUAUGGCAAGACGAAACUAGACGGAGGAAGAAACGCCUAGGAAUCAUAGAUCCUGAAAGCAGCCCGUUUAACCCAGAAGAGCUGGUCUCGAUGUCAGCAGACCCUAGAAACCAAUCAGAUGGCGGUUGGAUACAUGAAGAGGAGUUCCGAGAGAUGGUCAAUAAAAUGGCCAUUGAAGAGAACCGCAGAAGCGAAUCAAAAAACGCCACCUUUACGUCGUUCGUGCAAAAAAAGCCGUUUGAAGAUGAGAUUAGGACUGCACUGGAAAGUGUAGAAGAGCUGUACCCCGAUAGACUAAAGGAUAAGCAAAUUCAGCCCUAUGAUCAUGGAAAUAAUGGGGGCCACGACCAUCCUAAGAUUCACGUUGACGAAAGCAAAGUACAGUCCUCUGACGCAGACGAUUCAUUGGGCUACUUGAAUGAGUACUCUGACAACAUUUUCGGUACUUUUGAUGAUGGAGAGGAUAUUGAGGACUCUACAGACAUUCCAGCUGCCGAGCCCGAGUUUAACCCGGAUCCUGAUGAGAUCGGGGCACCUAAAGAUACGAAUGCUCCAUCGGAAUCGGAAUCGGAAUAUUGCAGCUUUCCAGACGGAGAGCUUGAAAUUCCUCUCGCCAUCACUCAGGAAGAAAGCGGGCCUGAAGCUGAGGUUGGCCCUUAUAAGAAGGGUAUAAAAAGGUCGAUCGACAGACCGGGAAAUGACCAGAACAACUCCCAACUCACCAAGAAGAGGUCGAUUAAGCAGAGCGCAGGUAUAAAAGAGUCAUCACGAACGAUUUUCGGAGCCUCGCAGUCAGCCCACGCUUCCCAUAAGGAAUCGAGACAUGGGGAGUUCACUCGUAGUGUCAGGUUCGACACAGAUUUGGUUUCAUCCACUCCAGGCCUUGCCCCUUCCUUGAGAUCCAGCCAACCAAAAGGUGAUCGGGUGCUUCAGAAGCUUAAUUUUCCAGUGGUCAAAGACCCUACAGAUCCUAUGACCAUGCUCCGGUUCAGUCAAGAAAGUGGUCACUCAAAGCAUUUGUCCCAAGCAUCUCAAGAUCUCGAGCCCGAUUCUUCCUCUACAAUUCCUGCUGCCGAGCCCUCCAGCUUGCAAUUUGACGAUGGAACUUCGUCUCAAUUCCAAGGAUCAUCCUCCACCGAGACACCCUUCACUUCAUCUAAUCAUAAUUUGGCAUCUACCUUCCACGAUGCGUUUGAUAUCCCUCUUGAUAGAACACUAUUUUGUCUUCAAAGGUCUUGUCCAACUGCGGCUGAGAUAGCCGCAACGUUAAACUACCAUGGACAGCCCUCCGUCAUCUAUCAGAAGGCGUACUAUAGUGAUGAAGGCGACGUACCGGAACGACAGCGCGAAUAUGCAGGCCGCGAAUUCCGUUUGCAAAGCGACUCGAUUCAUUAUCUACCGGACUUUGACCCUUCUGGGCGGUCUUCUGCGAUGUUCGGGAAACAGAUACCGUCAUCUUUCGACCGGGAAAACCAGGAGAAAACCGAUCAGAAACUGCGGGAAGCCUGUAGCCUCCGGACUUGGGAGUUUGCUGCGGUGCCUCCCAGCCGCUCGGAGGUCGUAAGUUGGUUCAACCACCAGAGGCAAGAUGAAUGCAAAGAGGAAGCUGCGAAAGUCAUUCAGAUUGCACCGCCAUCCAAGCCCAACGUUCUCUCCCAGAUUGAGGGGCCCACACAGAUGAAUGAUUUUGGAUUCAAGUAUUCCCAGCGGAAGAAGUCGACAAGUGUCGACCGUCCCACGCAAUAUAUGAGCAUGAUGAGCUUGGAGGUUCACGUCAACACAAGGGGUGCUUUGGCUCCCAAUCCUGAAGAGGAUGAAAUAACGUCUAUCUUCUGGUGCGUUCAAUCCGAGGGCGAGGACCUUGACGUGAACGGAACAAUUCCAAACUCACAUGUUGGAAUGCUACUUCACGGCGACGAUGAAGGUCCCAAAGGCAAAGUGACCAAGGCUCUCACUAUAGACCUCGAGUGCGAACCAACUGAACUUGACCUUAUUACUCGAUUGGUUGAUAUUGUUCGAUUCUACGAUCCUGAUGUUAUUACUGGCUAUGAAGUCCACAAUGGCUCUUGGGGAUAUGUGAUUGAGAGAGCCAGGAAGAAGUACGAUUAUGACUUGUGUGACGAACUUUCUCGAGUCAAGUCUCAAGCCCAUGGACGAUUUGGAAAGGAUAGCGAUCGAUGGGGCUUCAAUCAUACAUCUUCUAUCCGGGUGACCGGCCGGCACAUGAUCAAUAUCUGGCGUGCUAUGAGAGGGGAACUUAAUCUGUUGCAGUACACAAUGGAAAACGUUGUAUUCCACCUCCUACAACGUCGAAUACCCCAUUACUCUUUUCAAGAUCUGACCGCAUGGUUUCAGAGCGAGACGCCUCGGGACCUGCUUAAGGUCGUGGACUACUUCGUGUCACGAGUGCAGAUGAACCUGGAAAUAUUGGAUGCAAACGAACUUAUCCCACGCACAAGCGAGCAGGCAAGAUUACUUGGGAUUGACUUUUAUUCGGUCUUUUCUCGAGGCUCGCAGUUCAAAGUUGAGUCCUUAAUGUUUCGGAUUGCCAAACCUGAAAAUUUUAUACUUGUCUCUCCAAGCAAGAAGCAAGUCGGCCAACAGAAUGCGCUUGAAUGCCUUCCACUGGUCAUGGAACCCCAGAGCGACUUUUAUACGAGCCCCCUGUUAGUCCUGGAUUUUCAGUCUCUUUAUCCGAGUGUGAUGAUAGCCUAUAAUUAUUGCUAUUCUACCUUCCUUGGCAGAGUUCAACACUGGCGAGGUCGAGAUAAAAUGGGCUUCAUGGAUUAUGACAGACAGGCAGAUAUUUUGGGAUUGUUGAAGAACAAUAUCAACAUAGCGCCAAAUGGCAUGAUCUACGCUAAAACCGAAGUUCGAAAGUCCUUACUGGCCAAAAUGCUUACCGAAAUCCUUGAGACUCGUGUCAUGGUAAAGACCGGGAUGAAGGCAGACAAGGAUGACAGGAUCCUGCAGCGUCUCCUCAAUAACAGGCAACUUGCCCUGAAACUUAUUGCGAACGUCACGUAUGGAUAUACGUCAGCGUCAUUUUCAGGCCGGAUGCCGUGCUCUGAGAUUGCAGAUAGCAUUGUUCAAACUGGCAGAGAGACUCUUGAAAAGGCUAUAGCAUUGAUACAUUCGGUCGAGCGCUGGGGUGCCGAAGUAGUGUACGGAGACACGGACAGUCUUUUCGUCUAUUUGAAGGGACGAUCUCGAGAGGAAGCCUUUGAUAUCGGCGAAGAAAUUGCCAAGGCUGUCACCGAUAUGAAUCCUCGCCCCGUGAAGCUCAAGUUUGAAAAGGUAUACCAUCCAUGUGUUCUGCUUGCAAAGAAGAGGUACGUUGGCUUCAAAUACGAGGACCGGAACCAGAAAGAGCCCGAAUUCGACGCCAAAGGAAUUGAGACGGUCCGCCGGGAUGGCACGCCGGCUGAGCAGAAGAUCGAAGAGAAGGCCCUCAAAAUCCUUUUCCGAACCGCAGAUCUGAGUCAAGUCAAGAGCUAUUUUCAGAAUCAGUGUUUGAAAAUCAUGCAAGGAAGGGUGUCCAUCCAAGACUUUUGUUUUGCCCGAGAAGUACGACUUGGAACAUACAGCGACAGAGGCCUACCCCCCGCCGGUGCUCUGAUCAGCACCAAGAAGAUGCUCGAAGAUCCUAGAUCCGAGCCACAAUACGGGGAACGUGUGCCAUAUGUCGUGGUCACCGGCGCGCCUGGCUCAAGGCUGAUAGACCGCUGCGUGCCGCCUGAAAGCCUCCUUCACGACGCUCAACUGGAACUCGAUGCCGAAUACUACAUCACCAAGAAUUUGAUCCCUCCCCUGGAACGAAUUUUCAACUUGGUCGGUGCCAAUGUGCGCCAGUGGUACGAGGAGAUGCCUAAGAUCCAGCGCAUUCGCCGCAUUGAAGGGACGACAUCGGCGGCAACCGGGGUUGGCCUCCGAAAAACCCUCGAAUCCUACUUGAAGUCAUCCGCCUGUGUCAUCUGCAAAACCAAGCUCGACGACACCGACAACCCCAUCUGCAGCGAGUGCAUGCAGCAGUCUCACGUCUCAUUGCUUAAUAUCACAUCCCGCUUACAACAGGCUGAGAAGCGGGUAUUGAACCUGCACACUGUCUGCCGCUCGUGCAUGGGUGUGCCAUUCGGAGACGAGGUGAAAUGUGACAGUCAGGACUGUCCGGUUUUCUACUCGCGCACUAGAGACGGUGCCAAUUGGAAAUCCACCAAGGCUGUGUUGGGGCCUGUGGCCAAAUUGCUCCAGGACAUGAGCGAAAAGGAUCUGGAGUGGUAGUCACUCUCACCUUGGUAUACCCUGAAUGACAUCUUGGAAGAAACAGGUUUUAGUCGCGCGGAGUUGAAAGAAAACAUUAGAGUCAAUGGUGUUGAGGGUUUCUGGCAUACACUGUGUGUAGCGUUUUUUGGAAUAGUGUAUAAAAUAUGAGCUAACAAGGACUUAAUGAAUGGAUGAAACAGCACAAAGAUAGUAUUAUUUGAUUCUAUGAAAUCGC